AUGAGCAAGGUCCUGGCAGUGGUGAAGGACAUCCCGGAUGAAGCGUACCACAAGGACAUGGGCCUCUUCUUCCAUUCCCUCCAUGCCACCCUCAACCACAUCCUGCUUGCCGACCGGCUGUGGUACGGCCGCUUCGUUGGGCAGCAGAUCAGCAUCACGGGCCUGGACCAGCAACUGGUGGCCGAUCGGCACCAGCUGAGCGACGCGCUUUUGCAGCAGGCGACUGCCUGGGUCGAGCUGGUGUCUGCCCUGUCGGAUCAGGAGCUUCAAGGCGAGUUCACCUACCGUGACACCAAAGGCCACGAACUCACCCGGCUACGGGGCGAAGUACUCGACCACGUCUUCAAUCACGGCACGCACCACCGAGGCCAGCUCAGCGCCGCGAUGACCCAGCUGGGCUUUGGUUGA